CAGCGGCAGGCAGUAGUUCGCUGCGCUCUCGGGUGUUAUAUGGCAGGUGAAUUGUGCGCCGCAUAAAAAGAAAAUUUUUUAAGCACACGGAAUAAAUCGGCCAUCCCGGGAUUUCAUUCGGAAUCGUUGACGCACGUCGUUUCUCUUAUCCCGUCGGCGACGAUAGAGAAAAAAGAGAGAAGAAAAAGAGAGAGAGAGAGAGAGACAGGGAGAGAGAGAGAGAGAGAGAAAAAAAGAUCCUCCGCAAGGAUCGCGAAGAAUUCAACCGAAGUACCUUCUCUCGUUAGGCACGAACGCUCUCAACGAGGACGUGGAAGAAUAUCGUAGGUGUAUCAGCGAGAGUAGGAGAAGAUGAAGGGGAUGCUGGCGCUGACCGCAUUGCUCGGCGUCCUGUCGGUCUGCCGGGUACAGGCGGUAUCGGAGAGACUCGAAUUGACACCAGCUGGCGGAAGAUCGGAGCCGCAGGUUGCCACGUUGUGCGAACCCGGCGAGGUGUAUCUCGCUCAGCACAUGGGAGAGCAGGGUCGAUGGGUCUCCUCGACCGACAAGAAGAGUUGCAUGACGGACAAGCUCGAGAUCCUGGAGUAUUGUAAGAAGGCUUAUCCCAAGAGAGACAUAACCAACAUCGUCGAAUCGUCGCACUACGUCAGAGUUGGCGGAUGGUGCAAACCUGGCAGGACCAAGUGCAAACUUUCCCGAUGGGUCAAGCCCUACAGAUGUCUAGAGGGACCUUUCCAGAGUGACGCGCUUCUCGUGCCGGAAGGCUGUCUUUUUGAUCAUCUUCAUAAUCAAACAAAAUGCUGGGAAUCUCACAGAUGGAACGCCACUGCGGCGGAAACCUGCCGAGAACGAAACAUGAACCUGCGUAGCUUCGCAAUGCUGCUGCCUUGCGGUAUAUCUCUGUUCUCCGGUGUCGAGUUUGUAUGCUGCCCGAAACACCUGAAAGAGAACGUGAAACCAAAGAAACCUAUCGAUCUGCCAAUUCCUAAGAGCGUGGACGACGAUCUUGACGAGGACGAGGAUGAUCUUGAUGACGAGGACGACUUGGACGGCGACGCCGAGGACGAGGACAAUUCGGACGGUGAUCUCGAUGGCGUGCUUAGCGAUCAACCCGACGAGGACGAGAGUGAGGAGGAGUACGACGAUCUCGACGACUACGACACGACCACCAGUCGACCGACAACGACCGUUUCUACAACGGAGAAAACCAGACAGGAGGCGACGGCAAUGCCACUGCCGGUUAGCACAAGCACGCAGCAACCUUCCCAACCGCAAGGCACUCCCGAUCCCUAUCUAACGCACUUCGAUCCGCGAUCCGAGCAUCAAAGUUACAAACAGGCUCAGAUGCGACUCGAGGAGGUGCACAAGGAAAAAGUAACGAAAGUGAUGAAGGAUUGGAGUGACCUCGAGGAAAGAUAUCAGGAUAUCAGGGCUCAUGAUCCCGUUGCCGCGGACGCUUUCAAACGCUGGAUGACAGCGCGAUUCCAAGAAACGGUCGCCGCUCUUGAACAGAGCGGAGCGGCGGAAAAGCAUCAGUUAAGCGCGAUGCAUCAACAAAGAGUGCAGGAGGCUGUUAAACAAAGAAACGAGGAAGCUAUGUCGUGCUACACAACGGCUCUGAACGAGACACCGCCGAAUGUACAUCGUAUUCAGAAAUGUCUGCAAAAGUUGCUUAGAGCUCUUCAUAAAGACAGACACCAUACAAUAGCUCAUUACAAGCAUCUUCUCGAUAGCAGUUUGGAACAAGCGAAACGAGAGAAGCCGGCUACUUUGGAACAUCUGGCCGAAAUCGAUAGGAUCACCAAUCAGAGCCUGUUGAUGUUGGAACGAUAUCCGGAGCUAAGCGCGAAGAUUGGCCGUCUCAUGGACGAUUACGUUUUGGCCCUCAGGAGUAAGGAUGAAACUCCGGGAGUGCUGCUGGCGAUGACGCGCGAAGCGGAGGCAGCCAUUCUCGACAAGUACCAGGCUGACGUUGCCAGCAAACAACAAGAGAAGGAACAUCAGAAGCAACUCGAACGAGCGCGUAAAGAACAACGCAAGGUGGAGCGCGGCGAGUUGCGCACGGAGCAGGAACAACACGAGGAAAAUGACUCAGCAAUCGAUAGCAAGGAUAUGCCACAGCAAUCGGAACCCGCCGCGGUCGCCGCUAUGCAUAACGAGGGAGUAGUUAGAGCGGCUCACAGUAUGACUCACGAUGUCUCUCAUUCCGAGCCAGGUUAUUCUGUAAGACGAGAGGUCUAUCACAGAGAGAGUCGAUCUGUUUAUUUCACACUCGCUUUCGCUGGCAUAGCACUCAUGGCAGCCGCGGUUGUAGGCAUCGCGGUGUUCAAGAGACGCAGCGCGAGAAGCCCUCACAGCCAGGGAUUUAUCGAGGUCGAUCAGGCAGCCACACCUGAGGAGCGACACGUUGCAAAUAUGCAAAUAAAUGGUUACGAGAAUCCUACAUACAAAUACUUCGAGGUGAAAGAAUAAUUCAACAAUCUCGAGAAACACUCACACAGUUUUGAUUUCUGAAGUUGGUCGCAACCGCGUGUAUAUCUGUUCUCGCGUAUUUUCUUCAAGAAUCUCAUAGUAUUUUGUUAGAGUAAGAUAUAUAAAUAGAGUACGUAUAUCUCUAAAAAAAAAAAAAAAA